AUGUCAAACGGUUGUAAAAUCUGGUGUAAAAAGAUGGUGAUGGUAAAUGGUUAUGAAAUCCUUUGUGAUGAAAUGAUUAUUAAACCUAAUGAUGAAACAAUUAUUGAACCUGAAUUCGAUAAAAAAAAAUCAGGAAAUAAAAAUAUGACAAUAACUGAAAAAUCGGGUUACUGGCACAGAGAUGGACAAGAAAAUAAAUAUCGUCCAUGGGGUGGUCCUGGAUAUGGAAAGGCAUAA